CAAAAGUGAAACUAUCAGUGUUUUGGAUUCAGCCGGCAGCCAUGGCCGCAGGAAACCCUGUACAAAGGCUCCAGGAGGAAGCUAUUUGUUCCAUCUGCCUCGAAUAUUUCAGGGAACCGGUCACAUUGGACUGCGGGCACAAUUUCUGCUUAGCCUGUGUCACCCAGUGCUGGGAGGCAUCAGAUAAAAGCACUUCCUGCCCUGAGUGCAGAGAAAUCAUUCAGCAGAAAAACUUCAGGAAAAACAAGCAGCUGGCUAAUAUUGCUGAACUAUCCCAAAAGCUAAGUUUGCAGGUAGCUCAGGAAUCAGGAAAAGCAGAGAGGUUGUGUGAAAAACAUCAAGAGCCCCUGAAACUCUUUUGUGAGGAGGACCAGACUUCCACCUGCUUAGUCUGCCAUGUCUCCAGGGCUCACAGGGAUCACAGACUGGUGCCAGUGGAGGAAGCUGUGCAGGAGUACAAGGAAAAAAUUGAGACUCAGCUAGUGAUUCUCAGGAAAGAAAGACUGAAGCUGCAGAAGUUUAUAGUGAAGAAAGAAAAUGUACACCAGAAAUAUUUGAAUCACGUACAAGCUAAGAGGCAAAAGAUCACAAAUGAAUUUAAAGAACUGCACCAGUUUCUGGAGGAACAAGAACAAAUCUUGCUGGCCUUGGUGAGAGAGGUGGAAGAGGAGAUUGUGAAAGAACAGAAGGAUUUUGUCACCAGGCUCUUGGAGGAAAUAGCUGGCCUCAGUGAGCUGAUUAGUAAGAUAGAGGAGAAGUGCCAGCAGCCAGCGAGUGAGUUCCUGCAGGACAUCAGAGACACCUUGAGCAGGUAUGAAAAUGUCAAGUUUCAGAAAGCAGAGUUUUUUUCUACAGACCUUCAAAAAAAAAUCCACAAUUUUGCUGAAACAUACAAAACUCUAGAAGAUACAACAAUGAAAUUCAAAGAUCAUCUCUUGGAAGAAAUGGGAAAAAAUAGAGUGGACGUUAUUUUGGAUCCAGCAACAGCUCAUUCAAACCUUAACCUGUCUGAAGAUCAGAGAAGUGUGGAAUACAAACAGGCAGAACAAACUCAGCCUGACAAUCCUGAGAGAUUCAGUUCUGCUCUGUGUGUGUUGGGCUCUGAAGGGUUUCUGGCAGGGAAACAUUACUGGGAGGUAGAAGUGGGAAAUCGGGAAGGCUGGACAAUUGGGACUGCUAGGACAUCAGUGAAGAGGAAGGGAUGGUUCUGUCUUAAACCUGAGGAAGGAGUUUGGGCUCUGAGGCAGCAGUACAACCUUCUCCAAGCUCUCACCUCUCCUCGAGUCCUUUUGACUCUCACAAAGAGACCCACAAAGAUCAGAGUUUAUCUGGACUAUGGCAGGGGGCAGGUGUCAUUUUAUGAUGCUGAUAAUGGAACACCAAUCUUUACUUUCAAUGAUUCUUUCAAUGAAAAAAUCUUCCCUUUCUUUUCACUUUGGUCUCCAGGCACAUACAUUAAACUGUAUCCCUGAAAGGUAAUAAAUACAUUACAUAGGUUAUCAUUUGUCCUACUAUAGGAUAAGAUUUCAGUUUACUGAAGUGUACAUUUUAAAGAAUCGUGUAAAAAGCUAACAUGCUGGAAUUAUUCUCUUGAACGUUAUUGCAGAAGAGAAUUUUAUAAUGCUUAACGGACAACCUAGAAGUGAUGUACCCACUUCUCCUAUGAUGCUUGCUCCUUUGUUACAACUAAAGGAGCAAGCAUCAUAGAUUACAUAGUAAUAGUACCACGUAUGUAGCAUAAAUAUAAAUCAUUUUAAAUUCUGCCAUGUAUGGAGAGUAACGGCUGCCAUCAGUCCCCAGAAGUUCCAUUAGGAUUUUAUGAUGAGUCUUCCCUACAAACUGUCCAGUUAGCUCCCAGUUACUUCUACAGUUUAGAAGUAAUCCAUAAGAGAAUCAAAUGGAACAAUGGAGCUGAGACAGAAAUGUGUUGCUUCUUUCAAAGGCUGGUCUUAGGCUGCUCAUUUUGUGUUUUCGAAGAAAAAAGAACCCCAAGAAGCAAUUACUCAAUGGGUGUGUCUACAUGUGCAUUUAUGCUGGUUUAAAUUUUAUGUGCAGUAAGUGACUGCAUAGUAAGUGGGAAUAGGCCAGUGUCUACAUGUGCAGGCAUUAAAGCGCAUCAAUGCUAUGUGUGGACUGACUUGGGACUGAAAUUAGUCCCAA